AUGGACUUGGUUAACCAUUUGAACGACAGAUUGCUGUUUGCAAUCCCGAAGAAAGGACGUCUUUACGACAAAUGUGUCUCGAUCUUGAAGGGCUCUGACAUCAAAUUCCACCGGUCACAGAGACUCGACAUCGCUCUUUCGACAAAUUUGCCCGUCGCAUUGAUCUUUCUGCCUGCGGCAGACAUCCCAAUGUUCGUGGGCGAAGGUAAGUGCGACCUGGGCAUCACCGGCGUGGAUCAGGUGCGCGAGGCAGACAUGGACGUCGAGCUGCCUAUCGAUCUGCAGUUCGGCAACUGCAAACUGCAGGUGCAGGUUCCUGCAAACGGCGGAUACACGGACCCCAGGCAAUUGAUCGGCAAGACGAUCGUGUCGAGCUUCACCAACCUGACCACAAAGUAUUUCGCGGAGCUCGAGGGCACCACGGAGGACAAGAUCGCGACCAAGAUCAGAUACGUAGGAGGGUCCGUGGAGGCGUCGUGCGCCCUGGGCAUCGCAGAUGCGAUUGUCGAUCUUGUCGAGAGCGGCGAGACCAUGCGCGCCGCGGGCCUGACCGACAUCGCCACGGUCUUGGAGACCAGCGCCUACUUGAUAGAAUCCAAGCAUCCAAAGAGCGACCCAGAGUUGAUCGCCACGAUCAAGUCGAGAAUCGAGGGUGUCAUGACCGCCCAACAAUACGUCUGUUGUAACUACAACGCCCAGACCAAGGACCUGGACAAACUGCUCCCCAUCACGCCGGGCCGCAGGGCCCCCACCAUCUCCCACAUCGACGACGAGGGCUGGGUUGCCGUCUCGUCGAUGAUCGAGAGGUCCAAGAAAGGUGCCAUCAUGGAUGAGCUCAAGAAGAAGGGUGCUGCAGAUAUCAUGGUCUUUGAGAUCUCCAACUGCCGGGUAUAA